AUGCCUACGUUUAAAGACAUCAAAGCGAAAAACGCCCAGUUUGCUGCUACUGCACGAGAAAACGCUGGUAAACCUCGCAUUCGUACCCCCAAAAACUCUUCCGCCGAAGAUGCUGGAGGAACAGAAGAAUCUUUUGAAGCUAGAGAAGCGAAGAAGAGGAAAGGAAGACAGAUUGUUAAGCCUGCAAAAAAGGACCGUUUGGCUAGCAUGACGAGUGGGGGUCGUUUGAGGAAUAAUAAAGUUGCGCUGGGAUUGAUCGUUUUUGUUGUCAUUGGUGGCGUAUUCUUUGAGUUGAUGAGGUUGUUCCUGUAG